AUGGCUUCCGCGUACAGUCAAGAGCAGCUCCAGCAGUUCUUCAACCACAUCGACUUGCCCCAAGCACUACGUCAGGACCCGGAACCUUCCUUGCAACUCUUGAAAGCGUUACAUAUCCACACCCUAUCAACACUUCCCUACGAGAACCUGUCUCUUCACUACAAUGCCGCUCAUGAAAUCGACUUGGAUCCGCAGCAUCUAUUCCGGAAGAUGGUGACCGACAACCGCGGCCGAGGGGGAUUCUGCAUGGAGAUUGCUAUUCUCUACAACCAUAUUCUUCGGGCUGUCGGCUUUGAUGCGUAUACGGCCGGUGUUCGGACACGGGGUAGACUUGAGGGUGUCCCACAGGGAGACUAUCCCGGCUGGAACCAUAUCGUCAAUAUUGUUACCUUCCCUGAUGGAAGUGAACAUCACUCCGAUGUUGCUUUUGGUGGUGACGGUGCAACUAUGCCCAUGCCACUCAUCAAUGGUCUAGUCCACGAGAACCUAGGAACCCAGCAAAUUCGCCUCGUAAAGGACUGGAUCCCUCAUCAAGUACACCGAACAGAGGAAACAAAGCUCUGGAUCUAUCAAUAUCGAAACAGCGUCGACAAGGAAUGGAACUCAUUCUACUCUUUCCCGGGUAUCGAGUUCUACGCGCUGGACUGGGGUGUUGUCAACUGGUGGAUCAACACGCAUCCCGACAGCCAUCAGAGACGCAACGUCCUAACUAUCAAGUUCCUUCGACGGCCGGUAGAUAGGGACGAAAAGUACAAGGGGGAGCAGGAGAUAUAUGGAAAGAGGAUGCUGGUCAACGGCGUGGUCAAGCAGAACCUCGGUGGCAAGACAAAAGGCAUCACCACAUGUGAGACUGAGGAACAGAGGAUAGAAGCCCUCGAAAAGUAUUUCGACAUCUCGUUUACGGACGAAGAAAAAAGCGGCAUCCGAGGAUAUGUAUCAGAACUGAUCGGCACCACAUAG